AUGGAAAGGAGGCAACGUUCGUAUACAAUUGAUUCAAUAUCACCAACUCCACAGGAAGCUGCAGCUGGUCUUGAUCCAUUAGUUCAAUCGAUUAAUGAUCAAGAUGGUGCACCAGUGUAUGUUCGUCGACGAUCAUCAAUUUUCUAUGUACCUGAUAUUCAAAUACAUGAAAAUGAGGAAAAACCUAGUGAUGAAAAGAAAUUAAAUCCUCUUGUAAGAUGUUUCACUUAUACGGAACGUUUUUCGGGUAUUUUGUAUGCUUUAGUUGCAUCAUUAUUAUUUACAUGUUCAAAUUUUGCAUUAAAACAACUUGAUAUUGUUCUACUUAAUGCUUUUAUGAUUCGAUUGUUUGUUCAAGCAUUACUAUCACUUGGCUUUAUUAUUUAUAAAGGUUAUCGUCCAUGUCAUGAUUCUAAUGGAUUACUAAUAUUUAUACGUUCUCUUUUUGCUGCUGCCGGUAGUAUAUCUUUUUAUCUUAGUUUGUCUAUUCUUCCUCUACCUGAUGUAACAACAAUUCGAUAUACACAAGUUGUUUGGACAGCAGUUCUUGCUGUAUUCAUAUUUCAUGAACGUAUUAAUUUACCAACUAUCAUAGCAUGUAUAUUAACACUUGGUGGUGUUGUAUGUGUAGCUCAACCAACAUUUCUUUUUCCACAAUCAAAAAUACAAAAUGAAACUUUACAAAAUAUAUCAACACUUAACAAUAAUAAUAAUAAUAAUAAUAAUAAUCAUUUAACUGGUAUGUUAUUUGCACUUUUAUGUGCAAUAUCAAUUUCAAUGAGUAUUGCUUUAAAUAAAAAAUUAAUUCUAAAAAAUGUUCGACAAAGUAUAAUAAUGUUUUAUUUUUUAUUUAUAACACUUAUUGUAUGUAUUAUAAUUCAAAUUUAUUAUUGGAAUUUUUCGAAAUCGAAACAUAAAAGAUUUAAUUUUAAAAUAAUUCUUUUUAAAAAAGAUUAUAUAUUUGCAACAAUUAUUUCUAUAUUCCAACUAUUUCCAAUGAUAUUAGCACAAAAAUCACUUAAACGUGAACAUCCAUCAAUUGUUACUGUUGUACAAUCAUCUGAUAUACUUUUUGCUAUUAUACUUCAAAAUAUAUUUUCAUCAAUUAAAACUAAUUUACUUGCAUUAAUUGGAUCAAUACUUGUUCUUACUAGUAUUUUUAUUGUUGGUGGGCAUAAACUUUGGUUAGAUCGACAAAGUCGUACUUAUAUACCUGCGUCAACACAAGAAAAUGUACUUAAAGUUGAAACAAAAAAUUAA